GCGAGGGCCAAGCUCCCUGCGUCUUCUCCAGCAGAAGUUAGUUCCUGCUCUUCUGGCCGUUUCCUGUAACCGUGGUGUUGUGAGACGGAGAAAGCCAUGUGUGUCGACGCAAAGUGAACUUAAAAGUUGAAAAGAAUUUGAAGACGACUCUAUAAUUUCCAUCCAGGGGUACUUUUUCUAACACCGUGCCCGGCUCCCUGUGUGGAGUGGGCAAGAUGGCAGACCCCAUUAUGGACCUCUUUGAGGACACACCCUUGUUUAACCUGGAUGCCCUGCCGGAUGACUCCUUCACGCAGGGUUCGGACCCUGUGGAGGAAGCUCUCAAGCUGGCUUUGGGCCACGUGGAUCCGUCGGUCGAGCAGGAGCCCACCCCUGACCUCACAGUCAACACAAGUCUUGGUGUUCCUGUAGCAGCUCCUGUACCGGUGCAAGUUCCCUCACAGCAGACGAUACCAGUGGCAAUUUCUCAGACUGUUUCUGUACCUGCAGCCUCCUCCAUGACCCCAAUCCCUUCGUCUGUCCCCGUUGAUACUGUACCUCAGAUGCAAGCUCAGACCACUAUACCUAUUGUCAGCAACACCAGUGGGGUUACCAGUAGCACGGUCCUGCUGAGCUCACCUCUGACUGUUUCCAGCUCUGCAGCGACCACCACCACCACCGUCAACGCACAGCAGCUGACACAGAUAGCUCACCAGCUCACUCCCCAGCAGUUGGCUGCCAUAACGCAGCAAGCUGGCGGAAAAAUUGUCAUCCUCAAAGGCCCCCAGGGUCAAGCCCAGGUUCUGCAGACUGUCUCGGGAACCACGGCCCAGACGAGCGGAAAAGUAAUCCGCGUGUUGGCUGGCACUCCACUCAAACCUGGUGUGUCUAUACUGCAGGGUGGGACAGUGCUGAAUCAGGCCAGCCCAGGACAAACCCAAGUUAAGGUGAGUGCAGCAGGAGUGCAGAGACUGCUGCAGUCUUCCGGCGGGACAGUGAAACAGGUGAUGCUCACAUCCAUGCCUCAGCAGGUACAACAGACGCAAAGCCAGGCUGUUCAGGUGCAGAUUCCAGCCCAAACCCAGGUUGCUCAAGGCCAGACUACAGUCCAAGUCCAACCCCAGACCACUCAGAUCCAGGUCCAAGGUCAAGUGCAGCUCCAGCCGGCCAUGCAGGCUCAAACACCGGGUGGUGAAGCAAAACGCAUCACACUGGUUCUCCAACAACCGUCCCAGACUGGAUCUACCAUGACAACGGGUCAAACUGUUAUGACCCAGCAGCAGGUGACGCAGGUGCAGCAGGUUCAGACGGCACAAGGGGGGCAGCAGCAGGCCACUACUCGACUAGUCCUGGGUCAGCUCCCUGGCGGCAAACUGGUGCUCCAAGGAAGCCAGCUAGCGGCGCUGACCCAGCGGCCCGCCGGCCAGGCUGGAGGGCAGCCCAAAGUCCUCACACUUCAGCUGCAAGUUCAACAGCAGCCCAACCAGCAAGGAGGGAUUAAGUACCAGCUGGUGUCGGGAGCUGGCAACACGGGCAGCCCGCAGGUGCUGCAGAUAUCCCAGGGCCAAGGAGGCCAGCGAGUGGCAGUACCACUCAAAAUGCUUCUACAGCCACAGACGAGUACAGCCUCAUCUUGUGGUGGAGCGGUCUCUGUGGUGAAAGUCAUCAACGCGUCAGCGACCGGUAACACCAGUACGACCACUACUCAAUCCCAGGCCAUUCGAAUCACCAAGGCUCCAGGCGAGCCUGCGUCUGUGCGGCGAGUGGAGAUUCUGUGCAAGCAGGAGAAAGCGAACCGUAUCGUGGCUGAAGCCAUCGCCCGGGCCAAAGCGCGCGGUGAGAAGAACCUGCCCAGAGUCCUAAACCAGGACGAGCUUCCAAACUCACACACGUCCUCGGAAUUGGGAGGAACUCUGACCGUGGUGUCUGCUGCUAAGAAGAAGAGCAGUGGUGGAGGAAGCAAAAAGAAAAGCCCAAUAUCUGGAGGACUGGUUUCCAAAAAUGCAGCGGGGGCUAACAAAAAGGGCAAGAUGAAUUCAGGAGGAACAGUUACAGUGGCUGGAGGCGUAGUAAUAUCUGGAGCUGGGAACAAAAGCAAAAGCAAGACUAAGACAAACACUAUUACUCUAGUGGGAGCAAAGAAAAGAAAGAGAAACGCGUCCUCGGACCACUCUGAUGGGGAGCUGAGCCCUGCGUCCCCUGCUGCGCUGGAGGAUGACAUGAUCACGAAGAGGCGCUCCAAUCGAGUGGUGAAGAGGAAGAAGUACACGGAGGACCUGGAUAUCAAAAUAACAGAUGACGAGGAUGAGCAGGAAGAUGUCGAUGUAACUACAACCACAGCCGCCGUGGCCUCCAUCAGUGGGGGGACGGCAGCGCAGCUAAAACAGCAAAUAGAGCUCGAUGGUGAUGGACAACACAGCAUGCAGUUCUUUGUGGAAAAUCCAAGUGAGGAAGACGCUGCCAUUGUAGACAAAGUGCUGUCAAUGAGGCUAACCAAGAAGGAGGUGUCUCCCGGCCAGUAUACUAAUGCCGAAGAAUUCUUUGUAAAAUACAAGAACUAUUCAUACUUGCACUGUGAGUGGGCCACUCUGCAGCAGCUGGAGAAGGAUAAGAGAAUCCAUCAGAAGAUCAAGAGGUUUAAGACCAAGCAUGCACAGAUGAGGCGCUUGUUCCAUGAGGAGGAGGAGCCUUUUAACCCAGACUAUAUGGAGGUGGACCGGAUCCUGGAUGUGUCCCACAGUGUGGACAAGGACAAUGGCGAGCCUGUCAUCUACUAUUUGAUCAAAUGGUGCUCUCUGCCAUAUGAAGAUGCCACUUGGGAGCUGAAAGAGGAUGUGGAUGAAGGCAAAGUUGGAGAUUUCAGCAAAAUCGCAAAUAGACAGCCGCGGCUGAAGAGAACGGCUCGGCCUCCAGCCACUUCCUGGAAGAAACUGGAGGAGACGAGGGAGUACAAAAACGGCAACGUGCUAAGAGAGUAUCAGCUGGAAGGAGUCAACUGGCUUCUCUUCAACUGGUACAACAGGCAGAACUGUAUCCUGGCAGACGAGAUGGGUCUGGGGAAGACCAUCCAGUCCAUCGCGCUGCUGUCGGAGGUGUAUGCCGCCAGUGUCCAGGGCCCAUUCCUGGUCAUUGCUCCCCUGUCGACCAUCACCAACUGGGAAAGAGAGUUCUCCACGUGGACCCAGAUGAACGCCAUCGUCUACCACGGCAGCUUGGCCAGCCGGCAGAUGAUCCAGCAGUAUGAGAUGUACUGCAAAGAUGAUAAAGGACACUUGAUACCGGGAGCAUACAAGUUCGAUGCCCUGAUCACAACCUUUGAGAUGGUGCUGUCCGACUGCCCAGAACUGAGGGAGAUCUCCUGGCGCUGUGUGAUCAUCGACGAGGCUCACCGCCUUAAAAAUCGCAACUGCAAGCUGUUGGACAGCUUAAAGAUGCUGGACCUGGAACAUAAAGUGCUGUUGACCGGCACUCCUCUUCAGAACACAGUGGAGGAACUCUUCAGCCUUCUGCAUUUCUUGGAGCCGGCUCAGUUUCCCUCUGAAAUUGAAUUCCUCAGAGACUUUGGAGACCUGAAAACAGAAGAACAGGUUCAGAAAUUGCAGGCGAUCCUCAAACCCAUGAUGUUGCGAAGGCUCAAGGAGGAUGUGGAGAAGAACUUGGCACCCAAACAGGAGACCAUCAUUGAGGUUGAGUUGACUGAUGUCCAGAAGAAGUACUACAGAGCCAUUCUGGAGAGGAACUUCAGUUUCCUCAGUUUAGGAGCCACCAGCAACAGCAACGUCCCCAACCUGCUUAACACAAUGAUGGAGCUGCGCAAGUGUUGCAACCACCCCUACCUCAUUAAUGGUGCAGAAGAGAAGAUCGUAAGAGAACUGAGAGGGGUGUACGACCCAAUGGCGCCUGACUUCCACCUGCAGGCGCUAAUCCGCUCGGCUGGAAAACUGGUGCUACUGGACAAGUUGCUGCCUCGUCUCAAGGCUGGCGGCCACAAAGUGCUCAUCUUUUCUCAGAUGGUGCGCUGCUUAGACAUUCUUGAGGACUACCUCAUCAACAAGAGAUACCUGUAUGAGCGAAUUGAUGGCAGAGUGCGGGGGAACCUGCGACAAGCUGCCAUCGAUCGUUUCAGCAAGCCCGACUCGGACCGCUUCGUCUUCCUGCUGUGUACUCGGGCUGGUGGCCUUGGAAUCAACCUGACAGCUGCUGACACCUGUGUCAUAUUCGACUCCGACUGGAACCCUCAAAAUGACCUGCAGGCCCAGGCACGUUGUCAUCGUAUUGGCCAGUCCAAGGCAGUCAAGGUGUACCGCCUCAUCACCAGGAAUUCCUACGAGAGGGAGAUGCUGGACAAAGCGAGCCUAAAGCUUGGUCUGGACCGUGCCGUCCUGCAAAGCAUGAGUGGCAACAAAGAAAGCAACGUCAAUGGGCAGAUCCAGCAAUUCUCCAAGAAGGAGAUAGAAGAUUUGUUGAGGAAAGGAGCUUAUGCUGCCAUUAUGGACGAGAACGAUGAGGGCAGUCGAUUCUGUGAGGAGGACAUCGACCAGAUUCUUCAGCGUAGAGCCACCACCAUCACCAUCGAGAGUGAGGGCAAGGGUUCGACUUUCUCCAAAGCCAGCUUUGUGGCCUCUGAGAACCGCACCGACAUUGCCUUAGAUGACCCUGAGUUCUGGGAGAAGUGGGCCAAGAAAGCCGACAUUGACAUGGAUUCCAUCAAUCGAAAGAACACGCUUGUGAUCGACACUCCCAGGGUUCGCAAACAGACCCGUCAGUUCUCCAGUUUACGUGGUGAAGGUGGCGACCUGUCUGAUAUGGAUAGUGAUGAGGAGUAUCCACCCGCCAAUUCUCGACACUCGCGGUCCUCUCGCCGCGCUGAUCGCCACAGCGGAGGAGGUUAUGGCCGCACAGACUGUUUCCGGGUGGAGAAACACCUGCUCGUUUACGGCUGGGGCCGUUGGAGGGACAUCUUAUCCCACGCCAGGUGUAAGAGGCGUCUGAGUGAUCGGGAUGUGGAGACCAUCUGCCGUGUCAUCCUGGUCUUCUGCCUCCUCCACUAUCGCGGUGACGAGAACAUAAAGAGUUUCAUCUGGGAGCUCAUCACACCCCCAGAGAACGGCCGUGAACCCCAAACGCUACUCAACCACUCUGGCCUUUCCAUUCCUGUUCCAAGGGGUAGGAAGGGCAAGAGGGUAAAAGCCCAGAGCACAUUUGAUGUCCAGAAGGUGGAGUGGAUCCGCAAGUACAACCCUGACACCCUUCUUCUUGAUGACAGCUACCGCAAGCACCUCAAGCACCAGUGCAACAAGGUGUUGCUGAGGGUCCGCAUGCUCUACUAUCUCAAACAGGAGGUGAUUGGUGAACAUUCAGAGUCUGUGCUUAAAGGGGCUGAUCUCAGGGAUGUUGAUAUCUGGAUGCCAGAGAUGGAGCAGCAGGAGGUGCCCGCAUCAUGGUGGGACGCCAGCGCAGACCGUUCCCUGCUUGGUGGUGUAUUCAAACACGGGUAUGAGAUGUACACCACGAUGAGAGCAGAUCCCUGCCUCUGCUUCGUGGAGCGAGUUGGUCGACCUGAUGACAAGGCCAUUGAUGCUGAGCAGCACACCGGCGACGCUGAGAUGGGAGAUGAUGCUGACUAUGAUAAGUAUGCAGAGGAUCCAGAGUUCAAGCCGGCAUCAAGACACACCAAAGAUCUUUUUGAGGAGCCUGAUUCUAUGAACAUGGACGAUGAGAUUUCCGUGGAAGACAAAGCGGCGCCUGUGGUCACCGAAAGUGUAAAUAGCCAGAGCAGUGGGUGCGACUGGCCCUCCAGCUCAGCACUGACGGCACGGUUGCGGCGGCUGAUCACAGCUUUCCAGCGCAGUUACAGACAGGAGCAGCUCAAGGCUGAAGCCGAGGCCAAGGGGGACCGCAGGCGCAGGAGGUGUGAACAGGCCAGCAAGCUGAAGGAAAUCGCCAGGCAGGAGCGGCAGCAAAGGUGGACACGUAGAGAAGAGUGCGAUUUCUACCGUGUCGUGUCAACCUUUGGAGUAGAGAAGGUGAAAAAGGAGCCUGGGCUUCCAGAGGGGGGAGACCAUGAGUUUGACUGGAACCGUUUCCGUACCUUUGCUCGUCUGGACAAGAAAACAGACGAGAGCCUGAGUCGCUACUUCCGUUCAUUCGUCGCUAUGUGUCGGAGAGUGUGUCACCUCCGCCCAGCUCACGGUGAAGAUCCACCAGAGCCUGCCCAGACCGUGGCCCCCAUCACUGAGGAACGCGCUUCACGUACUCUUUAUCGCAUCAGUCUAUUGCGUCGCCUUCGUGAGCGAGUCCUCCCGCACCCCUCCCUGGAGGAGCGUCUCCCGCUGGUCCCGCCCAGCUCGGAGCUGCCGGCUUGGUGGAGUAUACCGGACCACGAUCGGCAGCUGAUGCUCGGAGCUGCGCUGCACGGCGUCAGCCGCACGGAGCUUUCCAUUUUCUCAGACCCACAAUUCACCUUCACCUCUGCACGUGACGAGUUCGUCGCGAACCAGCAGGCCCCGCCGCCUCCGCCGCCACCCGUCAUGUCAUUCAUGCAGCCCAAGACCGAGGUGGACUUGUGCGGAGUGAAGGACGAGGGCGUGGAUGAAAGUGCCCGGUUGCUCGGGGGGGAAAUGAAUGCUCAGUUGCAUAGUACGCCCUUGAGUCACCAAAGCGGAAAGAUGCCAGGUCAAGUCUGGAGCUUCAAGAAGAACAGGGAUCGAGGAGACGGAGCAGAAGGAGGAAGAAAGGGCGAAGGAGGCUCCGAUUCUGAUUCGGAUUCUGAUUCCGGUUCUUCGUCUUCAGAACGAUCAGGCAGCAGCGACGACAGCGGAGACAGUGAGGAGGAGGUUGAACGAGGUGUCAUGAAGAUGGGUGACGUGGAUGAAGAUAACAGUUUACUGUCCAUGACUCCAUCUCAAGAUGGCAUUCCACCUCCUGACCCCCUCAGGGUUGACUGGCCCAAGGUAAUGAAAGAAAGUUCAAUAGACCGUGUGCUGAUCAACCGUCUGGACAACUUGUGCACCCUUGUGGUGAGCGGUCAUUGGCCCUCCGGGCGGCGCUAUCAGUCCGAAGCUCAGCUCAACCUGAGCUCAGACCUGGUGGGAGACGACAUGUCCUACAUAAGAGUGAUGCGUAAACCCAGCUCCAUGCCCAGUGGCCUUGGGGCGGACGGAGAAGAUGGAGAGUUCACUGUAAAACUGCUCAAGGAGGAGGGGCUGAAGCUGACUUUCUCCAAGCAGGCCCUGAUGCCCAACGGGUCGGGAGGAGAGAGCAGUAGCCGCAAGAAGCGCAAAGAUCUAGAGUUAUCAGACAUCGAUGGACUCCACGAUUCACUGGAGCGAACCCCUCGACGAAGGGACCCUCCCACGUGGUUGAAGGAGAACCCAGAAUACGAGGUGGAGGGAGACAUGCUGGAGCUUCUUGUGAACAGGAGCAAGAGGAAGAGGAGGAGGAGGGCAGAUAAAGCCAUCACAGGCACUGAGAAAGUCAAUCUCAUUAACAUGAGGACAGGAAAGAAGCUUGGAAGUGCUUUCUGUCCGAUGCUGCAGGACCUGAGAGAGUUUCUGCAGGAGAAUCCUGACAGCGCCGUGGCACCCGAGUGGUCUGAAACAGUUCGAACCUCUGGUUUUCUGCCGGAGUCCCUCCAACACCGACUGCUCAACCACCACUCCCAGAUCCCGAAGAAAAACCGCCGCCGUCAUCACCACCACCACCAUCACCACCAUCACUACCACGCUCCAGAGCCGAUCCCCGAAGACCCCAACUUGGACGAAGUUGAAGAGGAGACUUUGGUGUCUGACGGAGCCUACAUGAUGGACGAGGAGGACUUGGAGACGUCCCAUAAUUUCCUCACCAGUCAGGACUUUGACGUGAAAAUGGAGGGAGGUGACAGCCUUUCACAAGGUGACUACGACAGCUCCGAUCAAGAAGCGUUAUUGGACGAUGUCAUCAUGGCGGAGAAAGACUCCGACUCCUCAUCGAGUUCAGAAGACUGACUGAGACUCGCUCCCCGAACACAUCUGACUUUGUCCCCUUUAAAAAAAGAAAAGGAAAAAACUAAUCACAAUGUUCCUCAGUUAUUCUCACCAUGAUGCAGAAAUUUAUGGAUGAAUGCGUUCCAUUUCUUUGCAGCCUUUAAUCAUUUAUUUUAUUGAGGUUUUGUUUUAUUUUUCCAUGUGAGGAAACAGUUGGCAACCAUGAGCUCUUUUUUUUUUUUUUUUUCUCCCCCCAUCCCAAUUAUUUUGCAUCCAUCUCUCCUUGAAGCUCUGACAAAAUUGCUGAUCUUUCUCACUUGUCAUUCUUCUCCCUUUCCAUCCAAACUCACGACUUCCCAUCACAUUCCCAGACGUGACCAAAAGGGGACCCUUGCUGUACAAAUACACUUUUCAUAUCUGAAAACCUCAAAACUUGUCCUCUAGCGCUACAUGAAACUGGACACGUGAGCUGAGCAGAGCCAGAUCCUACAAAUCCCCCAAUCUCGCUUGGCUUGCUUCUUGUCCAAACGAGUCUGUGAACUACAGGGGACUGAGCGUGUGGAUGUACUGUUGAUGUUUUCACUCUAUGGGAGGGGUGAGAGGGAGGGAAAAGGGGAAGGUGGCAUAUUAGUUACUGAAACAGUGCUAGGAGGAUGGGUGUAUUGUAAAAUGUAGAGCUUGUCAGCCAUGUACUACGGUGCAAAGGUUACAGCAGUGAGUUAUUCUUGUUUUAUGAUUUGACUGUAUCUGUGAUAUGAAUAACAGCAAUCUACAGUGAAAGAAAGUUUGCGUGUAUGGUGAUUUUUCAAAGAGCAGAGGCAAUAUGGUGUACUUUUUUUUUAACUGAGCGCCCCAAUGACAUCGUAAAAUAAAUGUAAAAAUUUAGACCUGUUAUAAACUCCACUGUUCGAAACGGGGACAGUCCUUAAAUCACUGAGUGGAGACCAUCAGUCUUGAUUGGAUUCUGUUCCUCUUGUAGGUCGCUUAUUAUUUUAAUUAUGUCUACUACUAUUACCACCGCCAAUUAGCAGAUGCUUUUAUCCAAGAGUCCAGUUAGACACAGUGCAGACAAUUUUUUUCUUCAGGUGUUCCCUUCCCACCCAACACAACAGUCCCUUUAUACAAGAAAACUGCGUCUUAAAAGUAGCCAUCAUACGAUCAUCUUGUCAUAAAUGCAUGUAGCACUUAGUUUAUCAAAUGUGUAAAAAUGAUACCCAGAUUUUACAGUCAAGCUGAGUAAUUAUUACCUAACAAAUGUAUGUGUUAGUUUCUAAAAACUAAACCUGACAAACUUCAGGAACCAGAGCUGGUCCUGGGUGGACUAUCUGGUUUCGGCAUCAUGUGGUACACAGGUGCAUCGACAAAACUAGCAAGCCAAACUGUUACCAAACACCCAGGUGUCUGACUUGAGCGUAAUAUGUUUUUGACAUGAGACCGUAUCUAAAGAAUGGGAAAUGAUUAAGGUUUGCAUAAGGAGGCUUUACUCUUCCUGAAGAAGCUCCUGGUACCUGGAAGUCUGAACUUAAGACUCAAAUUCCUUGAAAAUCCCAUGAUAGAAUCAGCCCAUUAAAAUCCUGAAUUAGUGGGAUCAUGUAAAUCCUGGCUUUGGUGGUAAGACUGUCUUUUAUAUUGUCCUGAGUCACACUGCCCCUGUUGUAGCGCACACGAACCAGAACAAAAUCACUUCCAAAGAAAGUUGCUGAAUAUUUUAUAUGCAAACAGGAACAUUACCAAGUAGAUUUUCAACUAUCGAAAGUUGAUAACAGGAUGACUUUAAUUUAUAAGAAAGUACUUCACAUUUUAAACAUGCAUGUAAAUUCACUCAUGUACUGUGUGGUUUGGUGGACAGGUUCUCAGUCUGUGCCAGCAAUACCUAUUUUUUUUUCUUUCUGCAACUAU